GCGCGUGAUACUCUUUGUAGGGCUCUACUUUGUAAACAGUACUGUCAACGGUUCAUAGUCAGAUUUUAAAGAUGUCCAUCGUUUGUAGCCACAUUGGAAGGAGCGCACUGGCAUUCCGCGGCAGCGCAGGUGUCAUGAUGGUGCGUUAUGCACAAACAGCUGCGGCCCCUGCUCCUGAGCCCAGGAUAAAGAAAUUCCAAAUCUACCGGUGGGACCCAGACACACCUGGAGACAAACCACGGAUGCAGACUUAUGAAAUUGACCUGAAUUCAUGUGGCCCUAUGGUUUUGGAUGCACUUAUCAAGAUCAAGAAUGAGAUGGACUCAACACUGACUUUCAGACGGUCUUGCAGAGAAGGCAUCUGUGGCUCAUGUGCGAUGAACAUCAAUGGAGGCAACACGUUAGCCUGUCUGAACAAGAUCGACACAAACACCAGCAAAGUGUCUAAGAUUUAUCCUCUUCCACACAUGUACGUUGUCAAAGACCUUGUACCGGACAUGAGUAACUUCUAUGCGCAGUACAAAUCCAUUGAGCCCUUCCUGAAGAAGAAGGAUGAGAGUCGGGAGGGGAAGGAACAGUACCACCAGACCGUGGAGGACCGGCAGAAACUGGAUGGGCUUUACGAAUGCAUCCUCUGCGCCUGUUGCAGUACCAGCUGCCCCAGCUACUGGUGGAACGGGGAUAAGUACCUCGGACCAGCUGUGCUUAUGCAGGCCUACCGCUGGAUGAUCGACUCCCGUGAUGAGUUCACAGAGGAGCGUCUGUCUAAGCUGCAGGACCCCUUCUCUCUCUACCGCUGCCACACCAUCAUGAACUGCACCAAGACCUGCCCCAAGGGUCUUAACCCAGGGAAGGCCAUUGCAGAAAUCAAGAAAAUGAUGGCUACGUACAAGGACAAACAAGCAGCUGCCUCUUAAUAUGCUAAACAACCCUUUGAAUAUCACCGAUACUGUAUCUACUCUUUAAGUUGUGAAAUCUUUCACAUAUUGUAUGUAAUGUAAAUAUGAUGGUGAAGAUGUUGACACUGGGUCUGAUCUGAUUUUGAAUUUGCACAAUUUUCUUUGUUAAGAGUGCCUCUUUCAUGAACUAAUUUAGCAUCCAUAAGUUAUGAAUGAAGUGGGGAAUUGAAAAGGAAAUGAAAACUGCAUGUUAGGGUGUGGGAGGGAGACUCCAAGUCAAAGGAUGUGUAUGUCGGAAAGACCGAUGUGGUAGACCAAGUCGAGACUACCAGGGAGAAACAUGGACAACAUGGGAAUGGGAUAUGAAAGGUGAAGCAAUGCAAAAUGCAAUAUGCCUGGUUAUUGCUACGGACGUGCUGUCCAGCACAUCCAUGUAAUACAUGUGCUUGUUUAUCCAGUGGAUAUACUGUGCUUGUAAUAUACUUUGUACAUAAUGGAUUGUUGUUUUCAUGCGCUAUUUAUCUAAUAUGUGUACUUUAUGGAUUGCCUUAUCCUCAUUAAAGGCACCUCUGACUGAA